CGGGAGGUGGGGGUGGAUGUGGGGGUGUGGGUGAGGCAGGAGGCGUGGCCGAGGUUUGGCGUCACCCUGGGAGGAGAGAGGAGCCCCUCCCUGUGUUCCUGCUCAGCCUGAAGGGAAAGUCCAGCUCACUUGGACCUGAGAGAGACUCAGUGAGAGCAGCUCCACAGCUCGUCUUCAUCAUCCAUCACCUCCAUCACCUCCAUCUCCAUCCUCCUGUCCCUCCAUGGCGGCCUCCUCCAAGUCCUCCCAGACGGCGAAGAACGUGGUGCUGGCCCUGCUGGCGCUGUGGUCCGUCAUCUCGCUGAUCAUCAUCGUGGUGUGGGCGACGUCUCCGGACCUGAAGAGCUCGGCUCAGUGCCGCUCCGAGCUGCAGGACAUCACGGAGAAGCUGGAGGGCGCCAAGGUGGUGCACAACAAGAACAAGGUGGCGUUGGAGGAGCUGGUGGAGGCGGCGAGGGAGGAGACGGCCCGCCAGAGGGCUGAGAUCCUGCUGCUGCUGGGACGCCUCAACGCCACCAACGCCACGCUGGAGGAGUGCCGGCUGGAAAACAUCGUCCUGAACGGGAACAUCAGCGUCCUGGAGGAGAAGGUGGAGCAGCUCCGUCAGACGGAGGCCAACCUCACGGCUCAGAUCAGCCUGCAUGAAGAUCACAUCGAGAUGCUGCAGCUGAACGUGACGGAGGCGGGCCACCAGACCGAGUCCUGCUGCAGUCUGAGGACGGCUGCUGAGAGCCAGAUGGCUGCGGCUCAGAGUCAGACCAGAGCCUGCGAGUCCAGGCAGACGUACCUGCAGAAACAGCUUGUGAAGUGUAAAGACGUGGCCUCUGAAGCUCCUGAGGAGACGCAGCAGCAGGACGCCGCCACCCCCAAACCCUCCUCCGCCUCGCCCCUCUCUGGUAUUCCUGCGCUGACGCUGCUCGUCUUCAGCGCUCUGCAUCUGAUAACCUGAGCUCAGCGAGGCGGCGUCCUGUCGAACGACGGCGAGCACUGUGGUCCAGGACGGAGGCGGAGCCUGGACGGACUAAAUGACUGCUGUACAAACUUCCUGUCUACGUAACAAACAAACAGGUCGUCGCGGCGACGCUGACGUGAUGCAGGAUUGGACAGAAACUUUGCUUUGACUUGAACAGCUGAGACGUUUACUGACUGAUUUAAAGACGCUGCUGCUGCACUGCUGUUUCCUCUGUUUCCUCUGUUAGAGUUUAUUUUCUUCAUCGAGCUUAACGGCUUUAACGGCUGCUUUUUACUUCAUCUUAGCUUCUUAAAUAUUAAUAUUAGAAAUAAAUCCUCAGUUUGAAUGUUAAUAUUAGAAAUAAAUCCUCCGUCAGUUUUUACUUUGAUUUAAAUGUAUUUGUAUUAAACUAUCUGCAGACUAAACGUCCUGAUGUAUUUCAUACUGCUGUAAAAAGACCAGAGGUGGAAGAAGUACUCAGAUAUUUUACUGCAGUAAAAGUACUAAUACUACAGUGUAGAAAUACUCUGUUACAAGUAAAAGUCCUGCAUUCAAAAUGUUACACUUAAAGUACCAAAAGUAAAAGAACUGCUUAUGCAGUGUAUAUCAUACUAUAUUAUAUGAUUAUAUUAUUGUAUUAUGAUAUAAUAUAUUGAUGCAUUAAUGUCUGUAAAGUAACUAAAGUUAGAGUUAGUCAGUUAAAGUAGAAUAUUUCCCUCUGAUAUGUAGUAGAAUAGAAGUAGAAAGUAGCAGAAAAUGGAAAUACUCAAGUACAGUACAAGUACCUCACACUUGUACUUCAGUACAGUACUUGAGUAAAUGUACUUAGUUACUCUCCACCAGUGAAAUAGGCUCCAUGAUGGUGCAUUCAGGGACAUUGAACAGAGAAACACAAAUAAUGAAUCAUUAGAAUUUUGGAGUUUUUUACCCAGAAUGCUUCAUGUUUCUCUGCAGGCUGAUACAGAGAGGAAGUUUAACUUUCACAAUAAGAGCACAGACAUGCUGGUUAAAUCAAUUAAAGACUGACGGAGGAAAAGAGUUCCUGUUUCUACCUGACGGUUAAAUCUGGUCUCACUCUGGAUUACUGGGAGUCACUGCUGAUCUUUAUUGA